GCAGGUCAAUGACGUCUAACUUGUAAUCCGAUAAAUCAAAUAACAAGCAACAUAAACCCAUAAUGGACUUAAAUGAAGAUAAAAUUAAAGAAGAAGUCAGUAGCUUCGUUUCAAGUUUACAGAAACUUCUCCCGAAAAAGAAAGAGUUGAUCUAUGUGGAACCUAUUAAAGCAAAAUUGACAAAGCUGAGCGAAGUACAUUCAGAAGCGAAGAGUGUCUUCCCUAUGUGUUUUACUGGAGCUAGGCUAAUUAUUCGGAGGGAAAUAAUGAAUAAAGUGAAACUUAUUCAACAAUAUAAUUACGGAAAGUCCAAGGAACCAUACAAAUGCUUUACACAUUUGUUAAAUAAAGAAAUGGAACCAAAAAGUACAAAUGAAUCAUUAUUAUUGGAUGCUGCUGGAUCGGCUACUGCUACAUAUUACGAAGACCUUAAUGGCGCAUACAAAAUGCGAUUGACCUCCAAAAUCCGAGAUUUAAUCGCGUCCGAGACUGAAAUAGUGUUGGAAAAAGAUAACCCGAAGUCGUGCGGUUCAAUCACUUGUUCAAUGAAAGAUGUUGACCCGAAUACUCUUAGAGUCGUAACGCAGUGGAUGUAUAAAAUUAUUCCCGAGUUCAGUAUGGGCACUGAAGUGUGCUUCAAGCCUUUAGCAUACCCUCCUAUGCCAGAUUUCUCCAUUAGUGGUCGUUAUGAAAGGCCAUCUUUCGCUUUGUCGUCUACGAUCAGCAGAGCCGGUUUCCAAGCGUGUAUUUUUAAGCAAUUUACACCUGAUCUUCGAAUAGCGACGAUAUUGAAUGAAGGUAAUAGAAGUGGAAAGACAACGAUUGGUGUGGCGCUACAUAAAAAAUACCAGAAUGGUUCGGAAUUAAAAAUUUUCGUAGACUCUCAAUGUCGCGGCGGAUUUACUUUUCAGAAGGAUGUUUUAUUUUACGAACCGCAUAAUGAAAUUCGCGUUUUGAGGCUCGUUGGAAGCACUCUAAUAGAUAGGCAGAAAAGAGUGAGGUUCGGCUUUGGAUUCGAUUUGGACUUUUGAUGUUUACAUCGGUCCGCUGUUCACUUAUCUCCCGUACAAAUGGCCGGCCUCGCAAGCGGAUAUUUAUCGUUUUUGUAGAUUUAUUUGUUUGUAUAUAAGUAUACAUAGGUUUUAGUUAUUGUUUUAUCUUGUUAUUAAUUCGGUUAUCGUGUUUAGA